ACCGUUUGGAACCUCUGUUCAUUACAACAAAACCUUUCACCAUCAAAACAUACAAAAAAAUUUCAGAUUCAAAAUACAAAUAGGAUCAAUUCAUACCUUAAAUUCUCAAAUCAAAUCCUCACAUACAAAAAAAAAAAAAAAAAAAGACUUCUUUUUUUGAAUUCAAGAAUGGUUUAUUCAUACACACCAACAUACUACAGCUCACUUCAUGAUUCAAUCACUUCACUUUGCAAAACCAUUCUUCCAUUUCCUUUCAAGAAAAGGCGAUUACCCGCGAUUGUAGCUGCUGAGCAAAGGUUGUCAAAGCAGCAAUCCGACAACCUUAAAUGGCAACAAGAAUCUUUUCAUCAAAUUCUUAACUUGAUGGGUCUUUGUAAAGAAGGAAUCUUGGCUGAAUCUGAGGUUUCUGCUUUCAGAUCACAUCUGCUCGAUACCCUUAUCGCGUCUCCUGCUGAUCAUGAACAUUCUUCCAUUUUAAGGGAUAAGUUGAUCUUCUUGCAGGAGUUAUUGUAUGCAAAAUGUAUAUCAGAGGAAGAGUAUCAUACAUCAAAGAGGCCAUUAUUGCAAAGGCUAGCAGUUCAAGGAGCUGAGAUUGAGGCAAAACAUGUAGUUGUUGGAUCAAAGAAAGAAGGCACAGAUGAGGAAUGGUCUGUUAUAGAUUUAAAGGAUGAAAAAUCCUAUCUUGGCAAAGAGAAUUCGAGUUCGAAGCAAAAGCAAAACUCAGCUAUCAAGCAAAUCAAAGGAGGGGCUGCUUCAGUUUUUGGCUUUGCAUCGUCGAAUAAAAAUGGAAAGAUCAAAGAAGAAAGGGGCAUACUUGGUGAAAACUGUAAGCAAGAUUCUAAAUAUGAAAGAAAUGAAUUAGGUGUUUCAACAGAAAAUCCCUUUUGGAAUACUCAUUUGAAGGAAACAGAUUGUGAAACUAAGUCUAUUCUUAUGGUAGAGAGCUUACCUAGUGAACCAAUGAAAGUAAAGAAGCAAAGUGGAGGUGACAAAUCAAGAAAAAAACCUUUUAAAGGUCUGUUUUUAAGAGAACAAAACGAAGGGCAGAGCGAUGAUCAUCAACGUGCUGAGCCUGAAUCUGAAGGAAAGACGAAAUCAGGGAAAAAACAAUGGGGAUUUGAAGGAUUCAAGAAGUGGAAGAAAAAUGACUGUGAAGAUGAAACAGCUCCAUUGUCGCUUGAUGAGAAAUCGGAUGGUGGAACUUACUUAGGUCAGCUUGUUGCAGAACCUGUUGGAGAAGGUCCAGAUACUAAGCAGAUUAAAAGAAAGCUGCAUCCUAACGGUGCACCUUCGGAUUUCUUUGUCGAUAAGGUUUUAGGAGACAGUAUCAAGAAAGAGCUGUCAAGAAUUCAAACAGAACUUGGUGCCAAAAAUUCAAGUGUUGAGUUAACAGAUGAUCAGAUUGAAGCAAUUUCAACUAGGCUUCCAGUUGACAAGGCUGACCUUAAAAAGUUCUUCCCUAAAACAUGGUGUGAUCGAUAUGCAGAUGUUGUUUUGGAUGUUGUAAGGAAGGAAUUCAAGAACCAUGUUGGAGAAAUGGGAAACUUGAGAGGAGGUGGUGGUAUUAUAACAAGGGAGAAGAAGAACAACUCAAAAAGAUGGACAACAUUUGAUGAAAGUGGUGAUGAUGAUGAUGAAAAUUGCCAUCCAAAUCUAUUUGCACCUCAACAAGAUCAUCAUACAUUUCCUUCUAAACAAGCCAAACUCACUUCUCCUUUGAAGAGUGGUCAAGUUUAUGUUAAUAGUAGCAUUGAUAAGGGCCUCAAAUAUAAUCCUUUCUUUGAUGUUUAAAAGUAAAGUCAUUUGGACAAUGAAAGAAAGCUGAGAACUAAUCAGCUUUCUUUGUAAUGGAUUCUACUUAUAGCUGUAGCCUCCAAAUGGUGUGCUCUACCAGAGAUAUGUUUAUUAAAUGUAUUCAACAUUAAUGUAAAUCAUCUUUGGAUGGUUUUUUCCUGUUUAUUUAUGUUGGACAUGUUGCCAUUCAUAGUAAAUGUGAUUGACAACCAUA